AUGUUUUGGUACAACGAGUGGGGCGACCCCGAGGACUGCGCUUACCGCGCGAUCUGGUUUGACGGCACCACCUCCUUCUGUGUCGACCACUGGCACGUGGUUGAGCCAAACGACACGCUGUACCUGGCCGACACAGCCUACAGCUCCUGGCACUUCACCGCCCACCUGCUGCGCGACCCGGCCGCCGGCUGGGGCACGCAGCAGUUCAGGGACCUGAGGUACGACUGGCCGCAGCUGGCGGAUGCGUCUGCGCCCUUUGCGGCCCAGGCCACCAUCACGGUGCUGCGGGACCCCGGGGACCCCAGCCACUAUUUCUGGGCACACUUUGUGGAGUUCACCGACAAGCGGCCCGCAGCCGGCGCCAGCCAGCUGCCCGACGGAGCCGUCGCAUACAUUGGGAUGCAGACGUGGGGCGGCGAGGGGCGGGGCUUCAUCUUCAAUGUGUGGGGCGCCACCUCCGGCCAGCCCGACCAGGGGCUGGCAGCCCAGCCAGACCCCGUGGUUGCUGGCCGGCCCGCCGCCCGUUGUGGGGCAUUCGAGAACGAGGGGGCCGGCUACCAGUGCUUCGCCAGCCUGGUGUGGGAGGCAGGACUGGAGUAUGAGCUGCAGAUAUCUCUGCUGCGGCGGCAGGAGGGCGGCGACACCCUGCGGGCAACGGCAGCGGGCAGCAUGCGGGGCCACCCAUUCCAGCACAUCAUUGGCGACAUCUUUGUGCCCGCCUACUAUGGCAGCAUGCCGCCCGCCGAAGUGCUGUUCAGUGGCUUGAGCCUGACGUCUGGCACUGAGCGCCUGGCGCCUGCUCUGGCAUGGGCCACCAUGCCGGCAGACUACCCCUGCGCUGGAUAUGCAUCACUCAGUAUAUGCGGUACCAUCGACGAGCUGCUUGGGCUUCAGGAGCAGCAGGGUGCACACGGCCCUGCGGCCCAGAUAGACAGCGAUGUGCUGUUCCGGCAGGGGGAGACGCUGCACGGGGAGGGCACCUACACGCCGCGCCUGGUGCUGUGGGACCUGAGCGGCGCGCUGGGCGGCGUCAGCGCGGGCGGCUCGCUGUAUCACGACCGCCACCACAGCGCCGCCGUGGUUUCCACCUGGGCGGGGCGGCAGGAGGUGCACCGCGCCGCUCCCGUGCCCAAGAGCCGCUUUGCAGCGGAGCUGGAGAACGAGGCAGAGGGCCAGGAGGAGGAGGAGGCGGCGGCAGGCGGCGAGGCGGCGGCUCCCAGCGCUCUCCACACGGCGGCGCAGCAGCUGGACAGCGCCGGCGCAGGGCCAGGCGAUGCUGCUGCGGGUGGCGUGCGCUACUUCACAGACUUCCUCAAGGCGCACCUGCACCCGCGCAGCGUGCAGCAGCUGGCGGGGGCGUGGCACGGGCUGACGCCGUUUGGCGGCUGGGGCGAUGGCGGCGAGCACUGGCGCAGCGAGGAGCAGCGGGAGGCGAUGGUGGAGCGCAUCAGGUUCUUUGCGGAGGAGUGCGACCACCUGCAGGGCUUCCAGGUCCUUUCCGAGGACCUGUCGGGGUGGGGCCAGCUGGCGGCGCACGUGGUGCAGGAUGUGCGAGACGAGUACGGCGGCAACCGCCCCGUCAUGCUGUUUGCGCUGCGCCCGGAGGUGGCUGCUGCCCCUGCUGCGGCUGGCGCCGAGGCGGCCCCAGCAGAGCUGCGGCGCCGGCGCCUUAACCAGGGGCUCAGCCUGUCGCAGCUGGCGCCGCGGUGCAGCACCUUUACUGUGGUGUCGCCGCCAGCGGCCCCCGCCGCGCUGCCGCUGCUGAGGUGGCAGCCGGGCAGCGCCUACCACGCCAGCGCCCUGUGUGCCGCGGCGCUAGACACUGCCACGCUUCCCUACCGCCUGGCGCCUGGCGACGGGCCCCAUGCAGCAAUAGGCCGCACCGACAUGUGGGGGCUCACCCAGCUGCUCACCGCGGAGCACAGCAGCCCGCUGGCGGCGCUGGCGCUGGCGCUGCCCUGCCCGGCGCUCCCCGCUGAUGCACAGCAGCAGGCGCAGCAGGCAGACGCGCGGCAGCAGCAAGGCCGUGGGGCCGAGGCAGCGAGUGCAGGAGCGCCCGGCGGCAGCAGCAGCCCCUUCACUACCCAAUGGCUGGCCAGCCUCACGCCUGGCGUCGCGGCUGUGGGCGACGCGGGGCGGUUUGCAGAGGCGGUAGUGCUUCGGGGGCCCAGGUCGGCAGGUGGCGCUCUGAGCCUGGGCACCGCGGCGGCAUCCCUAGACGCGGCGCUGGCGCAGGAGCGGCGGCGGUGUGUGCAGCAGCGCACGCUGGUGGCGCAGCCGCUGGCGGUGCCGCUCCCCUUCCCACACAUCUUUGCGAGCGGCCUCUCGCAGUGCGGCGGCCUGCCGGCCGGCGGCAAGCUCGGCGGCGGCUCCCAAGACGUUGUCUCCUGCGCCGUGCUGACGCGGCUGGGCGCCACAUCAGUGCUGGGCCCCGUGGUGGCGGCGGCACAGCGCCAGUUCCGCGCCGCGGCCGGCGCCGGGCAGGGGCAGGCGGCCUUGGAGAGCUGGGGAAUCGGCCGGGAGGAGGUGCAGGAGAUGGAUGAGCGCCUGACCCAGCUCAUUCAUUUGUAUGAUGAGGGGGACGCCUGA